GCCCCCAAAUUUUGACCGCGCGAAGGGAUCAAACCUCGAAACCCCCGCAAACCAAAAAGCUCGAAACUCCGCCCGCCUCUCUCGCCAUCCUUCUCCUUCAUCGCUGCUUCAAUGGCGCCGUCACCUGAUUUCUCCAACCAAGACGCUGUGGUUAGGAGACAGAAUCGAGGACCUCCUUACAAGUUUCUGGUGCCUCUUGUCUAUGCUCCUGUUCUUCCUCUUAUUCGAAUUGCGCUGAGGCAUAACCCAGUCUGGAGAGAUCGGUUGUUCUUUGGGGUGCUCACCGGUGCUUUCGCUCAUGGCGCGUAUUUGGUAUCCGAGCUGUAUGAUGUUGAGAGCAAGUAACAUGGCGACAAGCUGCUUCUGAUGCCCAACCUCAGGUUCAUUCUUCUGCCGGUUUUAUUACUACUUUUUUUAUCAUUCUUGAAAAAGCAUGAAUUUGCCUUCAUUAUAUCAGUUUCCCCAAUUAUGCUUCUCCAGUUUUGAUUAGCAUAAUAAAUCUUUCAUAUUUUGUGGUUGUAUUCAUUACAUAAACCUGUGGAGAAGACAUUGAUUCUGCUUUAUUGUAAACUGUAUUCUAUAGCUUGUUCUUAACUUGUCAUUUAACUUUUUAA